GUCACUUUAAGCGCGGGGUUUGUUGUUGGCGGAACUUCUGUCUCUUACAGCUCUUAUCUUGCCUUUUUGACCGUGUUAUGCAUUUUAUUUUAUAUCCUUGUCAUAUUAUAUGCUCAAAACAGUAACGCAAAUGUGUAACAAUUUGAGCACGUGUUUGUAAGACGUUUAUUCCGGGAUAUUUGCACUUUCAAAACGCCAAAAGCGAUGGAGGUGGUUCUUACUCACAAUGAACCCAUCAACACGGAGGAAUGUCCCAAACCUGAGAAAUCCCACAAGAGGAGUAAAAUUUCAAGAGAUGUAGAGACAGAUAUUGAGCUCCUCUAUAAAGCUGUUCCUCAAAUUGGGAAAGUGUUCCGCAUCAUUGAUAAAAUUGGGGAAGGUACUUUCAGCUCCGUUUACCUAGGAGAGGCCCAGAUGCAUGAUGGGAGUCGACAAAAAUUUGCCCUUAAACACCUGAUUCCCACGAGCCACCCAACGCGGAUUGCUGCGGAGCUCCAGUGCCUCACCCUGGCCGGAGGCCAAGAAAAUGUGAUGGGAGUGACGUACUGCUUCAGAAAAGAGGACCACGUGGUAAUUGUCAUGCCUUACCUGGAGCAUAAAGCCAUAGUGGACAUCAUCAGCUCGCUCAGCUUUGAGGAGGUGCGUCUCUACAUCUACAACCUGCUCAGAGCUCUGAAGCACAUCCACCAGUUUGGGAUCAUUCACCGAGACAUAAAACCCAACAACUUUCUCUACAACAGGAAGACCAAAGAAUACGCCCUGGUAGACUUCGGCCUGGCCCAGGGCACCGCAGACACUCAGAUCGACCUCUUGAAGGUUAGCAGGUCUCACAGAGGCUCUGGGUCUCCUGUCAAAACCCAGAGAGCCAAUAAGAGCCGACCCCUCCCUCCUCACACCCACCCCACUGCCUCCACCUCUGCCCCCCUUCCUCCCCCUGUCUCUGCCUCCACCUCCUCCUCUACUAUCUCCAGGAAGGUGAUCCCCAAGCGCCGCACUGUCACCGGGGGCUCCACUGCACGCUCCAAGCACUCUAAGGACUUGUCAGGUCUCCGUAAAGUGCAGCGGCCCGUCUUUGGAGAGAGGAACAUAAACAGCUGUACUCAGGUCUCUGCCACCACCAAAGCCACAUCUGCUCAAACUGAAUUUGUGAAGGUGGCAAAAGCAGAGGACCCAGCAAAUCGAAGGUACUUGUCGGCUGGCCGUGGCUCCGCCGCUCUCAAGAGUCAGGGAGCCAAUCAGAAGCCCCAGAGAGCUGUGCCGCUCGGUGUCACCUGUAGCUGCUUCCAGACUGACCGUGUCUGUAAUAUCUGUUUAUCCAGGAAGCAGCAGAUCGCACCUCGGGCUGGGACUCCGGGCUUCAGGGCUCCAGAAGUCCUCACCAAGUGUCCGAAUCAGGGAACAGCUAUAGACGUGUGGUCGGCCGGGGUGAUCCUGCUCUCUCUGCUCAGUGGGAGGUAUCCAUUCUUUAAAGCCAGUGACGACCUCAUCGCCCUCAGUCAGAUCAUGACCAUCCGCGGCUCCAGAGAAACCAUUCAGGCAGCCAAAGCAUUCGGUAAAUCUAUAGUAUGUAGCCGGGAGCUCCCCCGUCAGGACCUACGUGUACUGUGUGAGACCCUAAGAGGGCACAGACCGUCCCCCGAUGAUGAUGAUUAUGUCACACCUCUACCUCAAAACAACGGCACUGUCUCCGGAAAACCCCCUAUCCCCGAUGAGACGCCCACUCACCGACCCAUCGAGGAGCAAGUCAAACCAGAGGACACUUAUGACAACACUUCCCUGCACACGGGGCACAUGGAGACGGAGCAGUGGGAUGGGGGAUGGGGCGGGGUUCCAGACGAGGCCUACGAUCUCUUGGACAGACUGUUGGAGUUGAAUCCGGCCAAGAGGAUCACAGCGGCGGACGCACUCACACACCCACUGUUUACAGAUCUGAUACAACUCACCUGAUGGACUGGAGUGAGUGAGGUCAGCGAGAUGAGAGUGUGCGCCUCAUAAGUGUGUCGCAGUAUCACAUGAGCUAAGGCUUGACUACAGUUUUGAACUUUAAACAGGUAAAUGAUGUUUUAAGGUAUUUUGAGG